GCCGCCAAUGUUUACGUUCGAUAAGCAAUUGCGGCGUGUGGGUAAACCGAAUGGUCGGUCACGGAAUUUUUUUCCAUUUUUAGCAUAGAUAUCCAUUGAUUGCCAGAUAAACAAUUUCAGCUCGGAAUUUGCGUUACGGGGCGUUAAGAUAAUAAAACCUUAGUGCGAUAGAAAUGUUGCAAUUUGCCAGUUGUCUGUAUGAAAAAAUGUCGUCCUGCAAGAACAGAGAAGUGCUCAAUGUAUAGCUGUAGAUUGUUGGCUCCGCUGAUGAGUUGCUGAAGGUGAUAACAAAUUCUCAGGUACUUUUCAAUAGGACGUAAUCAUGGAUGAUUUUGAACUACUAGAAAAGUUGAAGACCCAUUUUGGGCACCCUAGAUUCAAAAGUAGUUUACAGUUGAAUGCUAUAAAGGCAGCAUUAGAAGGUAAACGGGAUAUUUAUGUUUCUAUGCCAACUGGUUCAGGGAAAUCCUUAUGCUUCCAAUUGCCCGGUGUUUUACAAGAAAAUAAAGUUACCAUUGUAUUCUCUCCCCUCUUGGCUCUGAUUAAGGAUCAAAUCGAUCACCUUACCAAGCUGAAAAUUUCAGCAGAUUCGAUCAAUUCAAAAAUGGGAUCAGCAGAACGAAAGCGAGUUCUAAAUGAUUUAAAAAGCAUUAGGCCUUCCAUUAAAUUCCUUUACAUCACACCUGAGCAAGCCAACACAGAAACGUGCAAAGAUCUAAUUGAUUCGCUUGUGAAAUAUAAGAAAUUGGCUUACAUCGUGGUGGAUGAAGCCCAUUGUGUCAGCCAAUGGGGUCAUGACUUUCGACCAGACUUUCUAAAACUUGGUGCACUUCGAGAUAAGUACCCAAAUGUGUCCUGGAUUGCACUCACCGCCACUGCUUCCAAACAAGUCGUAGAGGACAUCUAUGAACAAUUGAGGUUUAGAAAACCCGUCUCCGAGUUUAAGACUCCCUGUUUUCGUAAGAACCUGUACUAUGACGUCGUGUUCAAAAAUACUAUUCAGAGAGAUAUGAUGCAUUUAAAAGACUAUAUAGACAAUUGCUUGAUGAGCUACACUGGGGAUGAAAAGCCUUGCGGGAUUGUAUAUUGUCGAAAGAGAGAGGAUGUUGAAAGUGUGGCGUAUGGACUUACUAAGCUCGGUAUGCCAACCGUAGCCUAUCAUGCCGGAUUGAAGUCCGGGGACAGAAUACAGGUUCAGGAGGAUUGGAUGUCAGGGAAAUAUCCUGUGAUAAGUGCAACGAUAAGUUUCGGAAUGGGUGUGGAUAAGUCAUCAGUGCGUUUUGUGGUUCAUUGGAGUCUUCCACAAAAUAUUGCCAACUAUUAUCAGGAAUCUGGCCGAGCUGGUCGUGAUGGCUUGCCAGCCUUUUGUCGAAUAUACUACUGUCGAGACGAUGUGAAAUCAAUUAGCUUCCUGCUACAGGCUGACGUGAAUAAAGCAAAACAGCAAACACGGAUGGAACAAUCAAAGCUCGCUCAAAAGCAAUUCGACAAAGUGAUUGACUACUGCGAAGGAUUUAAGUGUCGUCAUAAAUGUUUUUCGGAUUUUUUCGGUGACCCUCCUCCACCGUGCAAGGACCGUUGUGAUGUAUGCAAAACGCCGAAGCAAGUUUCUAAGGCAAUAGAUAUGUUCAAAAAGUUGUCCAUGCAAAGCAUUUUCGGUCAUCACGAUAUUUCGUCACUCGACGAUGGAGAUUUAUAUGAAGGUGGUCGUUCCGGGGUACGAAGGGCUGCCAAGGAAUACAAGAAUGACGACGAUUCGGAUUCUAAUGAGAAUGUUGAAGCACAAUGGAAGAAAGCGUCGCAGUUACUUAUCGAACAGCAGUUCGCCCUAAGAAGGUCAAAAAACGAAGAAACCGACCCGGAUAAAAAAGAGUUGGCUUUAGCUGAGAAGGUGUCAAAGGUAAAGGCAGCUCAAUCAACAACGGUGAAAGUGGCAGGAUUAACACUAGCACUAAGAGAGAGCUACCUUACAAUGUUUCUGGACUCCCUAAGGAUAAAUCUUGCCAAGUGCACUUCGCCUGAGUUUGGUGAGCUCAGAUUGAAGAAUAAAGACUAUGAAAAUAUCGCUGUGGAGUUGGAGUAUGAGAGUUUCACAAGCAAUAAGGUCCUAAGCUUGUAUAAAAGGGCAAUCGCGAAGAAGGUAUCUGAUAUAAAACAGGCUUCUAUGAAGAAUGUCCUUUGUGAAGCUAUCAAGAGCUAUCAGCCCCCGGUCAAAGUCGAGAUCAGUGAAACAAGCAGAAUGUCGCCAGUCCAGGAAAAAAGUCAAACCGUUCCUAAACAAAUCGCCAAAAAGAAAAGCUUCAAGAAAGAGCUGGAAGUACAAACGUCCAUAAAUUCAUAUUUUAAAUGUUUGGGACAAUCAAAGACACCAAAGGAGGAGGAAAAGUCACCUACAGAGAGCAUGGAAUUUAGUAUCAAACAAGAGCCAGCAGAUUCAGAUAAUGGUAGCGAUGGUGAGAGUAAAAAUGAUCCAUUGGUGGUUAUAAAGACAGAAACUAAUUCUAUCGAUGACAGCAAGGAAACUGAGCCACAAGAAAUAUCGAUAAAGAAAAAAACUUAUAAAAGUAAAAUCCCGGCUGCAUCGGAAUCUAAUGCGCCCGUGAAGUCAGAGUAUUACAGGAUUCGGCCACCCAUAUUCGAGAAAAAGGAAGAAUCUCAUGAAACUGAAACCAAACCGAAUAUUAAGGAAGAGCCCCCAAAAGCGGAACACAUUGAGAAGUCUCCUUCAAACACUACAGACAAAAGUACAACAAACGAAAACGAAAAUAAAUCAACUGAAGAUGCAGAAACCAAACCAACCUCUCCUCCAAAAGUCCUCCUCCAUAAAAGUCUCGAAAACAGAGGUGAAUCCAGUAAAACUAAUGAAGUCCAACCUCCUCACAAACACGGACUCCAUAAUGAGAAAGAUCCGCAACCUAAACACAGUUCGAAGCGGCCAUGGCCUGAUAAAAGUAGUGAUAGUGAAGGCGCUCCAGUAAAGAAAGUCAAACAUGAAUCAACAUCCUCUUCGAAGCGGCCAUUGCCUGAUAAAAGUAGUGACAAUGAAGGUGCUCCAGUAAAGAAAGUCAAACAUGAAUCAACAUCCUCCGAGGAGACUGUAAAACGAGAAAAGGAAGAUAAGUCUGAGCUGGCCGCAUUUGUGGUGAAGUGCUUGAUGCCUUACUACAAAAGCGGAAGUAUAAAAUCCAAGGAUCGUUUCAAAUCGCUGGCAAGGGAUAUUACGCAUAAGUUUCAAGAGAAAUGCUUGGAUAAAACUGCAGUCAAGGCACAUGUUCACAAGCUAUUUGGUAAUGAAAAGAUUAAAGUGGAAUUGAGCGUCUAAAUUUUAUUAUUUAUAACUUAUAUAGUCAUUAAUAAAAUACGAA